CUCAGGCCGACCAAUCACAAGUUGUGAAACCCGGGACUUUGUUGUUCGCCUGAGCUCGCCUUUUUACUGUAGUGCUGCACAUUUCACGCGGAAAACUUUGGCUAAAGCGACAACCAGUACUCUUUAGUACUCAAUAUCGUGGGGUUGGAUCCUCACGGCCAACCACACCAACCAUGCCUCUGGUUACGAGGAACAUAGAGCCGCGCCAUGUGUGCCGUCAGACCCUUCCCAACAAGAUCCGCAGCGAGCUGGAGUGUGUCACCAACAUCAGCCUGGCCAACAUCAUCCGCCAGCUCGGCAGCCUCAGCAAGUAUGCAGAGGAUGUAUUUGGGGAGUUGUUUGUGCAGGCUGGAGCAUUUGCUAUCAGAGUGAGCUCACUGGGAGAACGAGUGGACCGUCUUCAGUUGAAGGUCACCCAACUGGACCCGAAAGAAGAGGAGGUCUCCCUGCAGGCCAUCAACACCCGAAAGGCGUUUCGUAGCAGCCUGACUCAGGAUCAGCAGCUGUUCACCCGACCGUCUCUGCCAAUGCCGGUUCAGGACACCUACACAGUUUGUGAUCCGCCUCCUCCACUCAACCACCUCAGCCAGUACCGAGAGGAUGGAAGAGAGGCCCUGAAGUUCUACACUGAUCCUUCUUACUUCUUUGACCUGUGGAAGGAGAAGAUGCUCCAAGACACCAAGGACAUCAUGAAGGAGAAACGAAAGCACAGGAAGGAGAAAAAGGACCUGAACCAGCGGACUCUGAAUCCUCGUAAGAUCAAGACCAGGAAGGAGGAGUGGGAACGCCGUAAGAUGGGGGAGGAGUUUGUGGUUCCCAAAAACGAUUUGACGAAUAGCACUGAGGUUCUCAACGGCAGCAUUGGCUCUGGAGAGGGCUUCACGUCUGAUGGCCUGGAGAUGAGCACCGGCUCCUACGCCUACGACCCCGGCUCUCCUCCUCCACCUCCUGGCCCUGAUGACUUCCUGCCUCCGCCACCUCCCAACAUGUCGUACGAUUAUGGAGCGCAGAACCAGAAACGCGCCAGUGUCUUGAGUCCAAGCCAUCCUCCUCCCGCUCCCCCUAUGACCUCUCCACCUCCCAUCUCCCGUCCUAACCUUUCCCCACCUCCGGCACCCCCUCCGCCUCCUCCACCUUCUAUGUUCGGGGUCCCUCCACCGCCCCCUGGGUUCGACGCUCCGCCUUCCCCCCCUCCCUUCUCUGCAAACACCUCCUACCCCUCUCCACCUGCUCCUCCACCUCCUCCAAUGUCCGCAGUGUCUCCUCCUCCACCACCACCGAUGGCAGGAGGGGGUCCACCUCCUCCUCCUCCUCCACCACCCCCAGGCCCACCUCCUCCGGCCUUCAACGCCUCUGUCCCCCCUCCACCUCCUGGUGGUUCCGACUCUGCUCCCAAACCUGCCGCCGCACCUGCUCCUGCUCCUGCUCCUGCACCUGCCGGAGAUGCUCGCAGUGACCUGUUGCAGGCCAUCAGACAAGGCUUCAACCUACGAAAAGUGGAGGCUCAGCGUGAGCAGGAGAAGAGGGAUCACUUUGGCAACGACGUGGCCGCCAUCCUGUCCCGCCGUAUCGCCGUGGAGUGCAGCGACAGCGAAGACGACUCAUCGGAGUUUGACGAUGAAGAGUGGUCUGAUUGAUAGUCAUUCCUUUAUUCCCUUCUUUUUCCUUCCUCUCGAAAAAACAACCCUUGAAAGCUGAGACAAUCUUCUUUGUUUGUGUGUGUUUUCCUUGACAUUCCUCUUCCCACUUUUUCUUUUUACUCACAAAUGUUCACGUUGGAGGUGAGAAGGUUCGUUCUCCUCGGUAGAAGUGUGACUCACGACUCACUCCUCCGUAUACGUCUUCUGUGUCCACAAGAGGCAGGAGUUCUGCUUCGGUACAUGAAUUUAAGGAUACUACAGAGGGAAGCGCACAGCCUCUAAGAAAUAUUGUAUUUGUAUGUAUCGAAAACAUUCUAUCGCUUCAUAUAUGACAGUGUUCAUGUUUAUAGUAUAUAUUUUAAUUACUUAUGAAUAUAAUUAACGCCAUAUAUUUUUUAAUCUAAAAGCAAUCGUUACCUUGGGAAUUGUAAAUAAGAUGCAGUUUUAUCUUACCAACAAGUUCCUAAAUAUUUUAUAGGUGACGUAAAGAAGUCACAAGAGAAUAGAAAUUGAACAAUUGAGAAUGCAUUUCAACCCUCGAUGCACAGCCAGCUGUCAUUCCAAUAGAUGUUCAGUGGACCAUGUUUUUCCUCAAGUGCCUUUUCAUUGGAAGUUGUAGUCGCCUUUCCAAAAUUCCUGAAUGAUUAUCCCAAUUUCAAUAAAAAAAAAAAUAGAUCACACAUUUGUUUUUGUUU